GGGGUUUAAUGCUAGGUAAUUCACUUUGUAUUCUCUCCAUGUUGGACGUAAUAUAAAGUUUCAAAAAGCGUGAAAUGGCCUCUCAUAUUUAAAUCGUAAAACGUAAUAAGAAAUGAGAUUUAAAAAUAGAUUAGAAAAAAAUGAAUACAUAUAAAAGUUACCGGAAAAUGUAUGUUAUGAUGGCUAAGUUAAAUAUUGUUCAUGUGAAAGACGGCGAUCACCACGACAAAGAAAGGAAAAAAAGGAUGACCCCGACGUGAUUUGAACACGCAACCUUCUGAUCUGGAGUCAGACGCGCUACCGUUGCGCCACGAGGUCUGUGCCGUGUAUUCAGCAAUUAUUAGAUUAAGUAUACUUUGGUUACAAUUGGUUUGUGGUGUUAUGUUUCACUAACAACGACAUAGCAACGAACCACCUGACAUCUAAAUGAACCAGUACACGUUAUAACAUUAUCUCCACUUCAGGUCCUAACCAUAGAUGUAUCGGAAAUGUCCGAACCAUCGGUUGACGAAAAGAACACGCCUGCAAAGAGUUACAUUGAAUUCCGUGUACAGUUAAAAAGAAAAGACAUUCAGGACCUUCUCGGAGAGAUAGACCAACUAGAAACGAAGAAGCUCAGAAACGUCAAGUUGUUGCAGCAACUGAAGUCGGAGCAGGACAACCAAAUGCGUCUACUCCUGAAGCAGGUGAAAGAGCAGGAGAAGAAACUGGCGCAGAAAGAACUGGCGCACCUGAAACAACUGGAACAGGACAAAGACGCGGCACUGUCAAAGACGGCGGAGGUGGAAGACGUCCAGAGGGGGCUGAGCGACGUGGAGAGGCAGGUCUCGGAGCGGCUGGCCCAGUGCCAGGAGCUGCGGGACUACAGGGACAGGGGCGUCCAUCAGCACCAGGCCCAGAUCACACAGCUGGAGGAGGAGCGCGAGCGCAUGCAGCUGGACGCCGCCGCCGCCGCGGAGCACAUAAAGAGCCAGCUGUCACUGACCCUAAGGAUGAUAGAGAUGGGGACGGGCCAAGCCAUCAAGGACAACAGACUGGCUGAAGAGAUGAAAAAUAACGAGCUCAACAUGGACGAGUCGCAAAGAGCGGCCCACAGAGAUAAUGAAUGGCUACGAGAAAAGGUUUCGGCCUACAGGGAGGAAGUGUCGGCCCUGGAGCUGUCCGUGCAGGGUAUGGAGGAGGAGAACGUUGGCCAUUGUGAUUGGCUGUUUGACCAACGCCUCAAACGCCUCAGCAUCUCCCGACCUGGGUCAAAACCGGGUUCAGACCUGCGAGAAAGCACCAUUCUGAAUCCAACGUCAGUUGCAGGAUGUGGCGCCGCUGCAGCCAGCGACCGUCUGGAAGGGGAUGAAAUAGACAGCAGCUGCAUUGGAUCAGCGACUCCCGACCAGCUGAGGCCUCGACACAACUUGAGUGUUGGCGAGCUGCAGCAGAGGCUUCUGACCGUGGUGGGGCAGACUGUGCCGCUGCACCUGCCUCCCACUGAGGACCACCGAUGGGACGGGGGCAUGACCUACAGCAGCACGGAGGUGGCCAGCAAACCCCUCACCAUCAGACAGCUAUGAACCUAAUACACUUGGUCAUUCAUUGGCGCCAUCUAGAUCGCUUGAGUUGCAUUUCAUUCUUUAAUCAAACAUUUAUUAAAAACAUUUGCAAUUUUUACUUGUUUUUAAUCAUGAGUAUCAAAAUGAUACGGCAACCAUGUUGCCAGAUCAGAACUAAAACAUGGAACAGACAAAAUAAAUACCAAGACUUCAAGAAAUAUAUAUUUGAGAAAUAACUACAGAAAAGAGGAAUUGUGGAAGCUUGCACUUUAUUAAAAAAACAACCCAAAAAAACAUAUCUAUAAACUGCCGCAAAUGUGUAAAACAAAAGAAAACAAACCCCCAUCGUGUCACCUUCGUGUUCGGCCCAUAGUACUAUCAUCAGCCCCGUCUCUCGUGUUGCAGGUCCAGAUUUUAUUUACACAGAGCCCCGAUCAACAGCGCUCCACCCUGCCUGCAACACACCUGUUAACCACUGCAACCACACAGCCUUUCACUCUCUCACACACACACACACACACAC